AGAAUGUCAUCCAUGUUGUGAACGUGCGAAAAGCACGAGAGGCUGUCAUAUCUCGAGCAACAUUUCGUAUUUGUUCGGUACUCACGCGUAUUUCACGUGAGAUAAUUUCAAAAUGAGUGACUUUUCGUCGCUCGGCCUCUCUGACUGGCUCAUUAAACAGUGUAAGCAGUUGGGCAUCAACAAACCGACCCCUGUGCAGGAAAACUGCAUGCCAGCUAUUCUAGAAGGUCGUGACUGUAUGGGCUGUGCCAAAACUGGAAGCGGGAAGACGGCAGCAUUUGUGCUUCCAGUGCUACAGAAACUGUCGGGUGACCCUUAUGGCAUCUUCUGCCUGGUGCUGACGCCCACCAGGGAAUUGGCAUACCAGAUCGCAGAGCAAUUUCGAGUCCUGGGGAAGCCGCUGGGUCUGCGCGACUGCAUCGUCGUAGGUGGAAUGGACAUGGUGAGUCAGGCCCUGCAGCUUUCCAACCAGCCUCACGUGGUCGUCGCCACGCCAGGCAGGCUCGCAGAUCACAUCCGGAGCUCCAACACCUUUAGCAUGAGGAAGAUCCAGUUCCUGAUCUUGGAUGAGGCAGAUCGGCUGCUGGAGCAGGGCUGCACAGACUUCACCAAAGACCUGGAGGUGAUCCUCGGGGUGCUGCCAACCAAACGGCAGACUCUUCUGUUCAGCGCCACACUCACCGACACGCUACAGGACUUGAAGAGGCUCGCCAUGAACAAGCCCUUCUUUUGGGAGAGCACGUCCGAGACUCGUACGGUGGAAGAGUUGGACCAGAGGUACAUCCUGACUCCGGAGAAGGUGAAGGACGCUUACCUGGUCCACCUGAUCCAGACCUUCACAGAUGAGCAUGACGACUGGUCCAUCAUUAUCUUCACCAACACGUGCAAGAGCUGUCAAAUCCUCACCAUGAUGCUUCGGCAAUUUGACUUCCCCACAAUCUCCCUCCACUCAAUGAUGAAGCAGAAGCAACGAUUUGCCAAUCUUUCCAUGUUCAAGGCCAGCGUCUAUAAAAUCCUGAUUGCCACAGACAUAGCUGCCAGGGGCUUGGAUAUUCCAACUGUGCAGGUUGUCAUCAAUCACAACACCCCUGGCCUGCCAAAAACAUACAUCCACAGGGUGGGCCGAACAGCCAGAGCAGGCAGGAACGGGGUGUCCAUCACCCUGGUUACACAGUACGACAUCCAUCUUGUCCAUGCCAUCGAAGAACAAAGUCAGACUAAAAUGAAAGAGUUUGCAGUGGACGAGAAAGAAGUGCUGAAGAUCCUCACGCAGGUCAACGUGACCAAGCGAGAGUGUGAAAUAAGACUGGAGUCUACAGACUUUGAUGAGAAAAAGGAAAUCAACAAGAGGAAGCAGAUGAUCUUGGAAGGAAAGGAUCCAGACAUGGAGGCAAAGAGGAAAGCAGAACUGGAGAAGAUCAGGAGCCAGAAGAGGAAGUUCAAAGAGCGGAUUCAGAAGAACAUAGAGGGACAGAAACGAGGAGAGCUCAAGAGGAAAUUCAAGAGCAAAAAUACGAAGAAAAAGAAAAAACAAGGAACAGAUUGACACUUGUGUGUUUUGAUCUUUUAUUACUGUGCAAUACCAAAUAUUUGUGACUGUCUGCAAAUCAACAUGACAUUUUAUACUAUAAAUGAAAGUUGUUUUUUUGGCAGCAUUCUAUUCUAUCACUUCACAAGAAAUGAGACUGCACUUCAUAUUUACAUCCGGCUGUUGGAUGACCAAGCACUGCCUUUCGAUGUUGACAACUGAUGAGAAAGAUCACAAAAACGUAACGGAUAAUCACUGCACUUUACACAAUGCAAACACAUUGGCUCUGAUGACAGAAUGUAAGCGGUGUAUAUAUCAUUUUAAGCUAUUACAUGUUAGAAACGGAUCAAUCACAAAGUAGCUGCGAAAGGUAAAAACUAAGCCUAUAUCAAACUAGAACCACAAGCAGAGUCUGAGAAUCUAAUGAAAACAUUCCUGUUGGCAAUACGUCGCUACAAACUAGUAAAAGCAGACACCUGACUUUGUAAAAUUAACAACAAAAGCAAAUAGAAAUCAAGAAGCAAAGGAACUCCACAAGAACUACCACAACAUAGGCAUGUCCGCAUUGCAUUCAUCAAAAGUCCACUGAAGCAAAAGAAAGUCUGCCACACUCCAUUGAUUUCACCCCAGAGAAGGAAGGUGGCUUCUUCACUCAUCACCUGACCUCAUCCUAUACUGUAUGUAUAAAAAUAAAAGUUGAUCCCUGUGAUGUCUGUGAGAGGGCUUCACUGCUGGUUU